CAGCCGGACUCAGUGUCCCGCGUCGUCCUCGGGGCGCCUUGUCAGUGCUGAGUGGGAGUCGUCCGGUGGUUCCGAGGCCGCCGUAGGAGCGCUGCCCAGCACUUCUUGGUGGCUUCUCCGGGCCACCCUUUCCCCUUUUCAUUCAUAAAUCCGAGCCCGCAUUCUUCACUCCACCGGACCAACCAUGUCUGACGGCGCCGCCGGGAAGCAGAGCGGCACUCCAGGCUUCCUGACGCCUCCGGCGCCAGUCCCCAAGAAUGGCUCAAGCUCCGAUUCUUCCGUGGGCGAGAAACUGGGGGCCACGGGCGCCGACUCGGGAAUUGGCAGGACGGAGGAAUACCGGCGCCGCCGGCACACUAUGGACAAGGACAGUCGUGGGGCGGCCGCCACCACCACCCCCACGGAGCACCGAUUCUUCCGCCGAAGCGUCAUCUGCGACUCCAAUGCCACCGCGUUGGAGCUGCCGGGCCUCCCCCUCUCUAUCCCGCAACCUAGUGUACCCGCAGUGGUGCCUCAGAGUGCUCCGCCGGAGCCUCACAGAGAGGAAACUUUGACCGCCACCGUUGCUUCCCAGGUGUCUCAGCAACCCUCGGCUGCUGCCUCCCCUGGGGAACAAGCCGUUGUAGGCUUGGCCACCACGACCGUCCCCAGCAGUACCAGCAAAGACCGCCCGGUGUCCCAGCCCAGCCCCGUAGAGAGCAAAGAGGAGCCACCGCCGUCCAGAGGUGGAAGUGGCAGCGGUGGCGCCAGCGCCAAAGAGCCGCAGGAGGGUAGGAACCAGCAACAGGAUGACAUCGAAGAGCUGGAGACCAAGGCAGUGGGAAUGUCCAAUGACGGUCGCUUUCUCAAAUUUGACAUCGAAAUCGGCAGAGGCUCCUUUAAGACGGUCUACAAAGGUCUGGAUACCGAAACCACUGUGGAAGUCGCCUGGUGUGAAUUGCAGGAUCGAAAGUUAACAAAAUCUGAAAGGCAGAGAUUCAAAGAAGAGGCUGAAAUGUUAAAGGGUCUUCAACAUCCCAACAUUGUUCGAUUCUAUGAUUCCUGGGAAUCAACAGUAAAAGGGAAAAAAUGCAUUGUUUUAGUGACUGAACUAAUGACAUCUGGAACACUUAAGACGUACUUAAAAAGGUUUAAAGUGAUGAAAAUCAAAGUUUUAAGAAGCUGGUGUCGGCAAAUCCUUAAAGGACUUCAGUUUCUCCACACACGAACUCCACCAAUUAUUCACCGAGAUCUUAAAUGCGACAACAUCUUUAUAACUGGUCCUACUGGCUCAGUCAAAAUUGGAGACCUUGGUCUGGCAACUCUGAAGCGGGCUUCUUUUGCCAAGAGUGUGAUAGGUACCCCAGAGUUUAUGGCUCCUGAGAUGUAUGAGGAGAAAUAUGAUGAAUCUGUUGAUGUUUAUGCUUUUGGGAUGUGCAUGCUUGAGAUGGCUACAUCUGAAUAUCCAUACUCAGAGUGCCAAAAUGCUGCGCAGAUCUACCGUCGAGUGACCAGUGGAGUAAAGCCAGCCAGUUUUGACAAAGUAGCAAUUCCUGAAGUAAAGGAAAUAAUUGAAGGAUGUAUCCGACAAAACAAAGAUGAAAGAUAUUCCAUCAAAGACCUUUUGAACCAUGCCUUUUUCCAGGAGGAAACAGGGGUACGGGUAGAAUUAGCAGAAGAAGAUGAUGGAGAAAAGAUAGCUAUUAAAUUAUGGCUACGUAUUGAAGAUAUUAAGAAAUUAAAGGGAAAAUACAAAGACAAUGAAGCUAUUGAGUUUUCCUUUGACUUGGAGAGGGAUGUACCGGAAGAUGUUGCUCAAGAAAUGGUUGAGUCUGGUUAUGUCUGUGAAGGUGAUCACAAGACCAUGGCUAAAGCUAUCAAAGAUAGGGUGUCAUUAAUUAAGAGAAAACGAGAGCAGCGGCAGUUGGUUCGAGAAGAGCAAGAGAAAAGAAAACAAGAAGAGAGCAGUUUCAAACAGCAGAAUGAACAACAAGCAAGUGUCUCCCAGGCAGGAAUCCAGCAGCUCUCUGCUGCUAGCACUGGCAUACCCACUGCUCCCACCACUUCUGCUUCAGUUUCUACACAAGUAGAGCCUGAAGAACCCGAGGCAGAUCAGCAUCAACAGCUGCAGUAUCAGCAACCUAGUAUAUCUGUGUUGUCUGAUGGAACAGUUGACAGUGGUCAAGGAUCAUCCGUAUUCACAGAAUCCAGAGUGAGCAGCCAACAGACUGUUUCCUAUGGUUCCCAACAUGAGCAGGCACAUUCUACUGGCACAGCACCAGGACAUACAGUUUCUAGUAUCCAAGCACAAUCUCAGCCCCAUGGAGUGUAUCCACCCUCAAGUACGCCUCAGUCCAUGGCGCAUCCGUGUGGGGGGACCCCAACAUACCCAGAAUCACAGAUAUUUUUCCCAACUAUUCAUGAACGUCCAGUUUCUUUUUCACCACCUCCCACCUGUCCACCGAAAGUAGCCAUUUCCCAACGACGUAAGAGCACCUCCUUCCUGGAAGCCCAAACUCGCCACUUCCAACCCCUGCUGAGGACUGUUGGCCAAAAUCAUCUUCCACCUGGUGGCAGCCCAACUAACUGGACACCAGAGGCCAUAGUUAUGUUGGGUACUACAGCCAAUAGAGUAAAUAGAGAGCUAUGUGAGAUGCAGGUCCAACCUGUGUUUGAGCCAACCCAGAUUUAUAGUGACUAUAGACCUGGACUAGUACUGGCAGAAGAAGCUCACUAUUUUAUUCCACAGGAAACAGUGUAUCUAGCUGGGGUGCAUUACCAGGCCCAGGUGGCAGGACAGUAUGAGGGCAUUUCAUACAACUCACCAGUACUGUCAAGUUCUAUGAAACAGAUAACUGAACAGAAGCCAGUGCCUGGGUGCCCUGCCUCAAGUUCUGUCUUUGAAUUUCCUUCUGGACAGGCUUUCCUGGUAGGACACCUUCAGAAUUUAAGAUUAGAUUCUGGACCAAGUCCAGCAUCACCUCUUUCUAGUCUUUCUGCACCUAACAGUACAGAUGCUACACAUUUGAAAUUUCACCCUGUCUUUGUACCUCAUUCUGCACCAGCUGUGUUAACUCAUAGCAAUGAGAACAGAAGCAACUGUGUAUUUGAAUUUCACGCUCAAACACCAAGUUCCUCUUCAGGAGAAGGAGGUGGGAUUUUAUCUCAACGUGUUUACCGAAAUCGACAGGUUGCAGUGGACACAAGUCAGGAAGAACUGUCUCCUCAGUCAGUUGGAUUACAUUGCCACCUGCAGCCUGUUACUGAAGAACAGCGUAAUAACCAUGCCCCAGAAUUGACCAUUUCUGUGGUAGAACCUGUGGGACAAAACUGGCCAAUAGGAAGCCCAGAAUAUUCCAGUGAUUCCUCUCAAAUUACUUCUUCAGAUCUCAGUGAUUUUCAAUCACCUCCCCCUACAGGGGGAACAGCUGCACCUUUUGGCUCUGACGUCUCAUUGCCCUUUAUUCGCCUGCCUCAGACAGUGUUACAAGAAUCCCCACUAUUCUUCUGUUUUCCCCAAGGAACCACAUCUCAGCAGGUCUUAUCUGCUUCAUAUUCUUCAGGAGGAUCUGCACUCCAUCCACAGGCACAGGUGCAGAGUCAGGGUCAGCCAUCAAGUAGUUUAUCAGGGGUUCUAUCUUCACAACCCAUCCAACAUCCUCAGCAGCAGGGAGUACAGCCAACUGCUCCUCCUCAACAGGCAGUACAGUAUUCACUUCCACAAGCAGCAUCUUCCAGUGAAGGCAUUACUGCCCAGCCAGUUAGUCAGCCUCAAGUGUCAGCUGGAGCACAGGGCUUUCCAUCUCGACUGCCACCACAAUACCCAGGAGAUUCAAAUAUUACUCCCUCUUCCAACGUGGCUUCUGUUUGCAUCCAUUCUACAGUCCUAGCCCCUCCUAUGCCGACAGAAGCAUUGGCCACCCAAGGUUACUUUCCUACAGUAGUGCAGCCUUAUGUGGAAUCAACUCCUUUGGUUCCUAUGGGCAGUGUAGGAGGCCAGGUUCAAGUGUCCCAACCAGCAGUGAGUUUAACGCAACAACCCCCUACUACAUCCUCCCAGCAAGCAGUUCUGGAGAGUACUCAGGGAGUCUCUCAGGCUGCUCCUCCAGAACAAACUCCAAUAACACAGUCACAACCUACUCAGCCUGUUCCAUUGGUUUCCUCUGUAGACAGUGCACAUUCAGACGUUGCUUCUGGUAUGAGUGAUGGCAAUGAGAAUGCUCCGUCAUCCAGUGGGAGGCAUGAAGGGAGGACAACAAAACGUCAUUGUCGAAAAUCUGUGAGAAGUCGCUCUCGGCAUGAAAAGACUUCUCGCCCGAAACUGAGAAUUUUAAAUGUUUCAAAUAAAGGAGACCGAGUAGUAGAAUGUCAGUUGGAGACUCAUAAUCGGAAAAUGGUUACAUUUAAAUUUGACCUAGAUGGUGACAACCCUGAAGAGAUAGCAACAAUUAUGGUGAACAAUGACUUCAUUCUAGCAAUAGAGAGAGAGUCUUUUGUGGCUCAGGUGCGGGAAAUUAUUGAGAAAGCUGAUGAAAUGUUAAGUGAGGAUGUCAGUGUGGAGCCUGAGGGUGACCAGGGAUUGGAGAGUCUGCAAGGAAAAGAUGACUAUGGCUUUGCAGGUUCUCAGAAAUUAGAAGGAGAGUUCAAGCAACCAAUUGCUGUAUCUUCCAUGCCACAACAAAUAGGUGUUCCUACCAGUUCUUUAACACAAGUUGUUCAUUCUGCUGGAAGACGGUUUAUAGUGAGUCCUGUACCAGAAAGUAGGUUACGAGAAUCAAAAGUUUUCACCAGUGAAAUAUCAGAUCCAGUUGUGGCCUCUACAUCUCAGGGCCCUGGAAUGAACUUAUCUCACUCUGCUUCAUCACUCAGUCUCCAGCAGGCCUUUUCUGAACUGAAACAUGGUCAGAUUACUGAAGGACCCAAUACAGCACCUCCAAAUUUUAAUCACACAGGACCAACAUUUUCUCCCUUUUUGGCUAGCAUUGCUGGUGUCCAAACUGUAGCAGCAUCCACACCAUCAGUACCAGUCCCUAUAACAAGCAGCCCCCUUAAUGACAUUUCCACAUCAGUGAUGCAGUCUGAGGCUGCACUGCCCACUGAAAAAGUCGUUGCAGGAGUUACCACCAGCACAGGUGUGGUAGCUUCAGGUGGUCUUACCACAUUGUCUGUGUCUGAGUCACCAACACCUUCCAGUGCAGUUUCAAGUUCUGCAGUACCUGCAGUUGUCACUGUGUCUACAACAUCCCAGCCAGUUCAGGCUUCCAUAUCUGGGAGCAUUGCUUCUAGUACAGGCAGUUUUCCUUCUGGAACAUUUUCCACAACUACAGCUACUACAGUGGGUAGUGUGGUGGCCCCAAAUUCUAAGCCUCCAACUGUAUCACUGCAACAGGUAGCAGGUAAUACUGCUGGGGUAGCCAUAAUGACAUCAGUCUCUACUACCACUCCAUUCCCAGGCACGGCUUCACAGCCAUCCCUUCCACUCAGUAGCAGCACCUCUGCUCCUACUCUAGCUGAAACAGUGGUGGUUAGUGCACACUCACUAGACAAGGCAUCUCACAGUAGUACAGCAGGAUUGGGUUUGUCCUUUUGUGCACCGUCCUCUUCUUCCUCCUCUGGAACAGCAGUGUCUAGUUCUGUUUCUCAGCCUGGUAUGGUUCAUGCUUUGGUCAUCCCAUCAGCUAUAGCUUCUACACCUGUCCUCCCCCAACCAGCAGUACCUACUUCUACACCUUUAUUACCCCAAGUACCUAAUAUUCCACCCUUGGUACAACCUGUUGCUAAUGUGCCUGCUGUACAGCAAACACUCGUUCAUAGUCAGCCUCAACCAGCUUUGCUUCCCAACCAGCCUCACACACACUGUCCUGAAAUGGACGCUGAUAACCAAUCCAAAGCUCCUGGGAUCGAUGAUAUAAAGACUCUGGAGGAAAAGCUGAGAUCUCUCUUUAGUGAACACAGCUCAUCUGGAACUCAGCAUGCUUCUGUCUCCCUAGAGACACCUUUAGUAGUAGAGACGACUGCCACACCGGGCAUCCCUACCACUGCUGUAGCACCAAGUAAACUCAUGACUUCCACUACAAGUACUUGCUUGCCACCAACCAAUUUACCAUUAGGAGCAGCUGGCACGCCAGUUAUGCCAGUGGGCACACCUGGGCAGGUUUCUACCCCAGGCACACAUGCUUCAGCCCCUGUCAGCACUGCAACAGGAGCAAAACCUGGAACAACUCCCCCAAAGGCAUCUUUAACUAAGACUGUGGUGCCACCAGUGGGUCCUGAACUUUCAGCUGGUACUGUACCCUGUGAGCAGCUGCCACCUUUUCCUGGACCUUCUCUAAUUCAGUCCCAGCAACCACUAGAAGAUCUUGAUGCUCAGUUGAGAAGAACACUUAGUCCAGAGACUAUUACAGUGACAUCUGCAGUUGGUCCUUUGUCUACGGUGUCUUCAACAGCAGUUACAGAAGCAGGAACUCAGCUUCAAAAGGAUGGCACAGAAGGUCAUGUCACAGCAACUAGUUCAGGAGCUGGUGUUGUUAAGAUGGGGCGAUUUCAGGUUUCAGUUACAGUGGAUGAUGCCCAGAAAGAGCGUAAAAAUAGGUCAGAAGAUACAAAGUCGGUUCAUUUUGAAUCUAGCACAUCAGAAUCAUCAGUUCUUUCAAGUAGUAGUCCAGAGAGUACCCUGGUAAAGCCAGAGCCUAAUGGAAUUACUAUUUCUGGCAUCUCCUUAGAUGUGCCAGACAGCACCCACAAAACACCUACCCCAGAAGCAAAGUCAGAAGCAGGGCAGCCUACCAAGGUUGGACGUUUUCAGGUGACAACUACAGCCAGCAAAGUGGGUCGUUUCUCUGUUUCAAGAACUGAAGACAAGGUCACAGAGCUCAAAAAAGAGGGGCCAGUGACCUCUCCUCCUUUCAGAGAUUCAGAACAAACUGUUAUUCCUGCUGUGAUACCAAAGAAGGAGAAGCCUGAGCUGACAGAACCUUCCCAUCUGAAUGGGCCAUCUUCAGACCUGGAGGCUGGCUUUCUAAGUAGGGGUACAGAGGAUGGCUCAGGUAGUCCACACUCUCCCCCUCACCUGUGUUCAAAGAGCCUUCCCAUCCAGAAUCUAAGUCAAAGCCUUAGUAAUUCAUUCAACUCCUCUUACAUGAGUAGUGACAAUGAGUCCGACAUUGAAGAUGAAGACUUAAGGUUAGAACUGCGACGACUACGAGAAAAACAUCUUAAAGAGAUUCAGGACCUGCAGAGUCGCCAGAAGCAUGAGAUUGAAUCUUUGUAUACUAAACUGGGCAAGGUUCCCCCUGCUGUUAUUAUUCCCCCAGCUGCUCCUCUGUCAGGGAGAAGAAGGAGACCUACUAAAAGCAAAGGCAGCAAGUCUAGUCGCAGCAGCUCAUUGGGCAAUAAAAGCCCACAGCUUUCAGGUACCCUGUCUGGUCAGAGUGGAACUUCAGUCUUAAACCCUCAGCAGACCCUCCAUCCCCCAGGCAACACCCCAGAGACUGGACACAACCAGCUGUUACAGCCUCUUAAGCCAUCUCCCUCUAGUGAUAACCUCUAUUCAGCCUUUACCAGUGAUGGUGCCAUUUCAGUACCAAGCCUUUCUGCUCCAGGUCAAGGGACCAGCAGCACAAAUACUGUUGGAGGAACAGUGAGUAGCCAGGCUGCCCAGGCUCAGCCUCCUGCCAUGACUUCCAGUAGGAAGGGCACAUUCACAGAUGACCUCCACAAGUUGGUAGACAACUGGGCCCGAGAUGCCAUGAAUCUUUCAGGCAGGAGAGGCAGCAAAGGACACAUGAAUUAUGAGGGCCCUGGAAUGGCAAGGAAGUUCUCUGCUCCUGGGCAGCUGUGCAUUUCCAUGACCUCAAACCUGGGUGGCUCUACCCCCAUCUCUGCAGCAUCUGCUACCUCUCUAGGUCACUUCACCAAGUCCAUGUGCCCCCCGCAGCAGUAUGGUUUUCCAGCUGCCCCAUUUGGCACUCAGUGGAGUGGAACAGGUGGUCCAGCACCACAGCCACUUGGCCAGUUCCAACCUGUAGGAACCGCAUCCUUGCAAAAUUUCAACAUCAGCAAUUUGCAGAAGUCCAUCAGCAACCCCCCAGGUUCCAACCUACGGACCACCUAGUCAGCAGAAAGGAUGUUAACGGAGUAGAUUU